ACCCUCCGAAGCGGCCCCGGCACCGUCAUGGCACGGACCGGCUCCGGCGCGCUGCUCUCCCGGGGAAACAUCAAGCUGGACUCGUUCCUGAAGCGGAACACGGAGCGGGCGGUGUACCAGCGGAUCCGAGCCUACGAGCCGUGCGUGGUGGUGUCGGAGACGGUCAGGAAGGUGUACAUGCAUGUGGUGCUGAGCGACGAGCGCGUCUACCUGGCAGAGUACCCGCCGCGCACCCUCACAGAGGCCCUGAGCUUCAUGCGCGUCCGCGACAUCGAGCUGGUCAAUGACAUGCCAGAUUUCCUUCAUGGGAAGAACCGGGAACUCUGCCAGCACAUUCGAAUCACCUACGUCACCGACAAGCCUGCUGUGAGGGGCCGUGAUUGGCUGAGGAGAGACAGGAGGGUGGGACUUCCUCCCGCAGCCCCGCCCUCUCGCAGAACCAGCCACUGCCCAACAAUUACACACACCUUAGAAGGAUAUCCUGCACUGAGGAGCCUCGGUGAGCUUCCCACGUUACCCGCCGCACGUUCUGCCUCCUGUCCCGACCCGGAGACCCUGGGCCUCAUCAGGGUCCCACACCCUCCCACCCAGCCUCCCUCCACAGCGCCCUCCCCCACUUUUCCUCUGUCGCCGUCGAGUCUCAGAUUUAACCUCCUCGACACUGGCCAGGUCCCGAGGAGGAUCGGUUCAGUUCUGUCUCGCCUGUUGAAAAAGGACUCCUCGAGUGGCGGAGAGGAGAGGGAGGCCGAGCUGCAUCUUUACGCCGUGUCACACACGUCCAGACUUUACCUCCAUCUGCAGAGCUCGUGGAACAGCUUCAUUAUUAGGUCCACUCUGUCAUUAGAUCCGCUCUACAGACGGAGGUGCAGUGCCUCGUCUGACUCCUGUCCUGGAAAACGACUUCCUGCCAUCAGCUGGGAGAGGACAGCUCACCUGUUUGGUCAGCUGAGCUGUGAGCUGCUGCAGGAGGGGAUCAGUGUGGAGAGUCUCUACCUGCUGCUGCAGGAGUUGAGGACCGCCGCUCACCGUGACAUCACACUACGCCGACUCUUCUGGAGGUCCAGUGAGCUGUGUGACUUCCUGGUUCAGACUCUGGAGGAAUCUCUGCACGGCUGCCAGAGUCUCAGUGGAGUCUACACAGCAGAUCAACUACUACUGAGCACUCUGAUCGCCCAGACGCUCGCCGUCAUGUUCAGAGAGACGGAGGUCGAACCGGCCAGACUCAACCUGCUCUCUGCUAAAAAAGGAGCUUUGGCCUCCAGAAUGCUGCUCGCCUUGAUAUGUGACGCAGAGCUACAAACACAGAACCAAAGAUCUCCGGUUGACUGUGAGCUUCAGGCCUUACUAGCCGAGUACCUGGACGCCUCCUGCUCUCUGCUCUUUGAGCUGCUGCUUUUAGGCCACGAGGCCAGCAGAUGUUCCUCUGCUGACAGCUUCCUGUCUGUGGGCUGGAUCCUCGGAGUCCUGCAGCCUCAUCCCCACACGCUGUCCUUCGUCGGGUACCAGGUCCAGCAGGUGGUGCUGGUUCUGUCAGACCUGCAGGAGUCCUUUCUGAGUCCACUUCAGUCUGUUCUGCUGUUCCAGCGCUGUCGCCUCCUGCUGGCCUGCCUGCAGUACAACACCCAGCUGGCCCAGCACCUCCGAUCCCACUUCAGAGAGGAGUUCAGGUACGUCGUGAAGCUGUCGUGCGCCGAGGAGAAGCUGCCGCCUCGCUACCCGAUCAGCCAACCGACGCUUCGGCUGGUCGAGCAAAUCCUGACUCUAUAUCUGCGCAGAUGAUCUCGCACACAAAACACACGUGCUCUUACGGACUGUGCCUUUAAACGAAGUCUGAGUGAGUUUACGCUCUGAGCUUUUCCACUUUGGAGUUCUGCUGCCGUUAAUGAACUGAGCGGAAAAAUCUGCUGCUCGUAGUAGUGAAACAGAGGAACUCAGCAGAGAUAAGACCUCUACUUUCCAUCACGUUGGUUUUUGUUAGUCAUGAAAUGUCCCUUUAAUACUGUGAAGCAGAAAUGUUCUCCAGGUUUCCUGCUCAUUGGCACUAAACACAAACAUUCCUGUUUCUUUAAACAUCCUUCUCUGAACGUUUGGAUUCUGUGUAUAUUUAGAACAUGUAGAUCUGUAAAUGUCCUCAGAUGAUGUGCGCUCUAAAUAAACAAUAUUCAAGGGGAAGUUGUCCCAAAAAAUGCAGUCGUGUA